CUAAAUUCUCCUUUAAGAAAUAGAUGUAGAGUAACAAAAGCUGGUUGCUGCUUUGACAAGUGCCUUCUUUCAUCCGAUAUUUUUUCGCACUGGGAAAAUCUCUCCAUGCGUCCGGUAUUUCAAAGUACCUUUCGGUAAAUGGUUUGCUCGCAAAAACAAGACAAAAAGCCCGCUACACAGCUGGCAACAGUGGAAUUUAAAAAACUAGAGAGAGCAACAGGAACCGCAGGAUAAGACCUUGUGAAGUGACAUGUGACUGUACUGUCAAAGAUAACGCAAUAUAGAUUCUUUUAUGUUAAGUUUGACUGAGAUUACCAAGAGAGUCUCUCACUGUUGAUAUCAUUUCAGGAAUAUUUUUGGAUAUGGAUUGCUCUACACUUUGGGAACCACUGUCUUUUCUUGGGACAGAGUACAGAGAACCAUUUACUUUGGUAAUUCUUAAUCAACCCAUUUCAAUCAAGAAAGAAGUAAUGGUGCAUCUUUGGAAUAAUGCUGUGUAUCGCAUUACAGUUGAUGGGGGGACAGACCGGUGGUUAGAUUGGCUGGAGGCCUCCGGAGCAUGUGGUGUUAGCAAUUUGGGUCUUCCAGACUUGAUAACUGGUGAUUUUGACUCCAUAAGACCCGAUACCAUGAUAACACUUAAAGAAAAAUCUGUUUGUUUUGAAUCAACCCCAGAUCAAGAUUUGACUGAUUUUUCCAAGGCUGUUAAAUGUGCAAAAGAAAAACAAGCAGCAAAUCUUAUAAUAGCAAUUUGUGAGGUGAGUGGUCGCCUUGACCAAAUAUUAUCACAGCUGAACACACUCCAUACCCAUGAAGAACGUAUUGUUUUGCUAUCAUCAUGCAGUGCUACAUGGCUUUUAAGGCCUGGUAGUCAUGAAAUCUAUGUAUCAGGCCUAAAGAGCAGAGAUAUUUUGUCACAUGACAGAUGGAUUGGGCUAAUACCUGUUGGAGCUCCAUCAAGAGUGACAACCUCCGGGCUCAAGUGGAAUCUUGAUAACACAGAAAUGAAAUUCGGAGGUCUCAUCAGUUCUUCAAAUACUUAUAGUAAUGAUCCAGUCAUUAAAAUAAAGACAGAUCAACCACUGAUAUGGUCGAUGGGAAUAGAUAUUUCUAACAACAAGAAAUCUGGGAAUCAACUGAACAUCCCUUAAUAUAACUUCUACUGUUUAAUUUCUAUGACCUAUUUUUAAUUCAAAUACAGUAACUUAAAAUACUCAUAA